AUGGCGAAACCUAAAGCCCAGAAACGUUGCCUCUUGUGGGAUUAUACCAACACGCGGGACCGUCCAGAUGCAAUUGACCAGCUCUUCCCCAACACGUCGUCGCCGGACUCGACGGACAAGCCCACAGAAGCAACAGCAACACCAACGACGGCCGUCGCCGCGGUCAUUACCCCUUUCAAGUCCGUUCACAACUGGAACGCGUGGUACCCGCCCGAGCUCAAGGGUCGGCUUCCCUUCCGGCCCAUGAUUCGCACGCGCGCGCAGCUGGACACGGAGGAGUGGGACUGGAUCCGCGACUCAGACGCCGAAAUCGUGCACUAUCUCAACGAGCCGGAGCGUCAGGGAACCUCGCCGGGGGAGGCCGCCGGUUGGUGGCUGGAGAAAGUCGUUCCCGAGCUGCGGGAGAAGAGGGGCAAGAAGCUCGUCGGGCCGGCAUGUGCUAGUGAUUCCGGAGGCGAGGCGUGGCUUGCGGAGUUUAUGCGUCUCGUGCGUGAGGCGCAGCAAGAGAACCGAGAGAAGAGACAGACGGGGCCAGACUUCCUCGGGGUGCAUUAUUACAGCGGCGACGUGGAGCAUGCAAAGAGAUACUUGACGUCCAUGUACGAGCGGUACGGGCUGCCGCUCAACGUCUCGGAGAUUGCUUCCAUCAGUCGGGACUCGGUAGAAGUGGAGAGGUUCACGGUGGAGCUGAGCGGGUGGAUGGACGAGAGGGAAUGGAUUGACGAGUAUGGGUGGUUUGGGUGUAUGGCACACUGCGCUGAUGACUUUGUGAGUCCUGCGGCGCAGCUGAUGGACGGAGAGGGGAGGUUUACGCCGCUCAUGAGGCGGUUGAUGGGGCAGGAUCCGGCGACGAGCUGCUGA